UUUAUUUAAGGCUAUGCCUUUAAAAGGCUAGUUCCUCCCACAGGCUGGUUUAAAAAAUCACUGUUCUGAGGUGGAGCUGAGGACGACACUGCCAACAAAAUUAUAAGUAGCUGCUUUAGUUUGCUUGGGAACAUCUGGAGUUUGGAGGAUGAUAUAUAGUAGUAGGUCUCUAGCAGUUUUGGAUGCGUUGAAAGACAGAUCAGAUUACUAGUCUUAGGUUAUAUAGCUCCUAGGAUCUUCUGUCUAUGGAAAUUGAUUAUUCCUUCUCUUCUGUAGGCCUGAAAUUGCCUCCAGUUAAAUAUUUCUUUUGAGCUUGUCUUUAAGCUGACAGUAUUUGUAUUCAUCGACAGAAAUAAGUACGCUGCUGUGGUUAUUUUGGAGAAUCUUGCAAAGCACUAGGUAGCUACCUACUAUCUUUUCCUGCCUAAAAACCAAGAAAAGAAUCAUAAUUCUUAAGGACUACUUAAGAAAACGGCUUCUUAAUCCAGAAUGAUAACCUGUGGACCAGCCUUGUCAUGCAUUCGUAGCAUUUUCCGGAAGAAAAUUGUCACUCCGGACAGUCUCGAAGAUUCCAAAUUAUGCCGCUGUUUAUCCACUGUGGACCUUAUUGCCCUGGGAGUGGGAAGCACCCUUGGUGCUGGCGUUUAUGUCCUUGCUGGAGAAGUCGCAAAAUCAGAUUCUGGACCUAGCAUUGUUGUUUCUUUCCUCAUAGCUGCCUUAGCUUCUGUGAUGGCAGGCCUUUGUUAUGCUGAAUUUGGAGCUCGAGUUCCAAAGACUGGCUCUGCCUAUCUGUAUACUUAUGUAACUGUUGGUGAACUCUGGGCUUUUAUCACUGGCUGGAAUCUCAUUUUGUCCUACGUGAUAGGUACAUCAAGUGUAGCAAGAGCGUGGAGUGGUACCUUUGAUGAACUCCUAGGGAAACAAAUUGGUUACUUUUUCAAAACCUACUUCAGAAUGAGUUAUCCUGGUCUAGCACAGUAUCCAGACUUCUUUGCAGUCUGUCUUAUUUUGCUCCUGGCAGGCCUCUUAUCCUUUGGAGUAAAAGAAUCUGCAUGGGUGAAUAAAAUCUUCACUGCUGUUAACAUCUUGGUCCUUCUCUUUGUUAUGAUUUCUGGUUUUGUGAAAGGCGAUAUCAGCAACUGGAAGAAAACAGAAGAAUUUCUUGUCAACUACACAGUAUACGUAAAAAACCUUUCUUCUCCUGAGAAUGUGACGAGCGAGUUUGGAAUGGGUGGCUUUAUGCCAUAUGGCUUUACAGGAACACUGGCUGGUGCUGCAACAUGCUUUUAUGCCUUUAUAGGGUUUGAUUGCAUUGCAACAACUGGGGAAGAGGUCAAGAAUCCCCAGAAAGCCAUACCUAUUGGAAUAGUAACUUCCCUGCUUGUCUGUUUUAUGGCCUAUUUUGGAGUUUCAGCUGCUUUAACUCUUAUGAUGCCAUACUACUUAAUAGAUGAGAAGAGUCCUCUUCCUGUAGCAUUUGAAUAUGUUGGAUGGGGUCCAGCAAAAUAUGUUGUAGCGGUGGGAUCUCUGUGUGCUUUAUCAACAAGUCUCCUUGGAUCCAUUUUCCCAAUGCCACGUGUAAUCUAUGCUAUGGCGGAGGAUGGUUUGCUUUUCAAAUGUCUAGCUCAAAUCAACCCCAAAACGAAGACUCCACUUGUUGCUACUUUAUCAUCAGGGGCUGUAGCAGCUCUAAUGGCUUUUCUCUUUGACCUAAAAGCCUUAGUAGACAUGAUGUCUAUUGGUACACUUCUUGCAUACUCGCUGGUAGCAGCUUGUGUUCUUAUUCUCAGGUACCAACCCAGUUUAUACUAUGAACAACCGAGGUACUCAACAGAAAAAGAGGAUCUUGCAGCAUCAGAGAAAGAAUGUACAAGUGAUUCUCAAAUUAGUAUGCUUCCAGGGCAUAGUUUCAGCAUACAAACACUGAUUAAUCCAUCAAGUUUGCCAAAUGAACAGUCUGGUACCAUGGUUAGCUUUCUUGUGGCUCUGUUGGCUUUCGUGAUCUGUGGCUUAAGUAUUCUGACCACCUAUGGGGUUCAUUUUCUUGCCAAUCUGGAGGUCUGGAGUAUCUGUCUCCUUGCAGCUCUUUCAGUAAUGUUUGUUGUUGUCAUACUUUUCAUCUGGAGGCAACCUCAGAGUCAACAGAAAGUGGCAUUUAUGGUACCACUCUUGCCAUUUUUGCCAGCUUUGAGUAUCUUGGUUAAUGUUUAUUUGAUGGUUCAGCUAAGUGCAGAGACUUGGAUCCGGUUUAGCAUCUGGAUGGGCCUUGGUUUCCUUAUUUACUUUGCUUAUGGCAUCCGACAUAGUGUGGAAGGUCAUCCUAGGGAAGAAGAUGACUAUGAAGACAGUUGUUCAGAGAAAAGUGAAACCCCAGAAAAGAACCAUGUGAAAGAUCCAAAUGAAAAUGAAAGUGAAAGUGAACGUGCUCAGUUUAUUACACACGAAAGGACAAGUGAAUGUUAAUGGUUGCAAACCGCCAUGUUGUGAGUGUCUUUCAAGCAGUGAACUGUAACAAAAUCUAGUUUGUUGAAAGAAAUGGUCAAUCAAAAGAUUGGGUAACAUAUAUGUACUUUGUGAAAAUGUCUACUAGAAAUUGUGAAUGCUGAUCUGGACUGGCUGCUGAACUAUGUCUCAUCCAAUGGAGGUUUUACUUGAUGUAACCAAGGAAGUGGAGGGAAAGGGACACUUCCAAUCGACUGAUUUUACUUGUCUGUUGUGCUAAAUGCUUUGGGAGCCUUUCUUUCUAGCAGCACCCUACAACUUAAAUUGGCAGGACACCAUUUAACUAAUUCCUUAGGAGUGCUUAAAGGUGAGGGAGUCUGAACAUAUUGGCUGGUGUUACUGUGGACGAGUCUGUUUCUGUUAAAAUGUGGCAGCAGUGCUAAAUAACCUGUGACUAGACUUUCAGCUUUUCUGCAGUAAUAGUGAAUCCUUUUUAAAUUCUUUUUUUUAAAAAACAGCCCCCACCCCCCAAACAGGUAGUGUAGGUGGCAGGGGUGGGGUGGGGGGACACAGAGCAUAAACCUGGCAUGUCUUUGCAAUGCUGUGUAGUUCAUAGCUAUAAAAUGGUAUGUAUGUUGACUUGACUUUGCUACUCUUAUCUGUCGGUCAUGCAAACCGUGAACACCCUUAUUUACUGUACUGUAUUCAAGAACAGUUGUAACCAAUAACAUAUACCUGAUAUAAGGCUAUUUCCAAACUGAUUCUAUUGUUCCAAGUUCUCCUUUCAUGCGAGUGAAAAUUAAAAAGCCAGGUUGGGCUUACUAACAUGUAAGAAAGCGAAAGCACUGGCAAACAGCAUGCGUGCCUAUUAUAUAUUUCUAGAACUGGGACUUUUUAAGAUGCUGUUGUAAAUAUUGAAAUGCCCCAUGAUAUUGCUGAAUGUGUGAACACUUUGAAAUAAUAAUAAUAAUACUAAUAAUUCGAUUUCUAUACCGCCCUUCCAAAAAUGGCCCAGGGCGGUUUACACAGAGAAAUAACAAACAAAUAAGAUGGAUCCCUGUCCCCAAAGGGCUCACAUUCUAAAAAGAAACAUAAAACUCACAACAGCAACAGUCACUGGAAGUACUGUGCUGGGGGUGGAUAGGGCCAGUUACUCUCCCCCUGCUGAAUAAAGAGAAUCACCACAGUAAAAGGUGCCUCUUUGCCCAGUUAGCAGGGGUAAAUGUCACUAGCUGCUGCUGCAGCUCCAUAGUUAAAGAGCUGUGUACCCAUCAGCAUGUUUACCUAGUAGUAGGUAAAUAGCCUCUGGUCAACCACUUGCCCAUAAAGUUCUGCACCAAAAGAAUGUGAAAUUGCAGCUGUAGAUUGAGUGUUCACCUUGCUGUGAUAUCAUGGAGUAGUGUGCCCUUCAGUGGAUUCUACUGUCCUCAUAACUGAUUUAAUAUUUAUUGUAUAAAUAAUGAAUAUAACUUUUUAUUUAUUUUGCCUGGGAAUGUGGUCCACCUUGUUAAAAGAAAGAAGUGUGUGUAGGAGAGAGAUUUUCAAACCUUAUUGGAAUUAGAAAAGUGAUGUUUUCAGGGGUAAUUAAUGAGUUUGAAAUAACAUUUAUUUUAUACAUUUGAGGCAGUUGUGGGUAGGAAUGUGCACGAACCUCAGUUAAUGCACAGGUUCAAAUAUGAACUGGCUCAUGGUUCUGCUAACCGGUUCAUGCUGCUUCAGCCAAACCACGAACCAGUUUGAGGGGGGCGCCAGGGGAGUGGGCGAGUGGCCCCUUUUAAAAGUGAGUAGAGCAGGUCCUUACCUGUGUGCUCUUGCUCCAUGCCGCUUUGUGCUAGUGCAGCGCUCCCCCACAACAGCCUGCGUGCCACACCACUGCCCAUGAGCUGUUGGGGGAGUGCCACAGCAUGGAAUGGCAGCACACAGACCUGCUCUCUUUUCAUUUAAAGGUGUCAUGUGCCUCCCUCGAACUAACUCAUGGUUUGGCCAUAUCGGCUCAUGCUGGUUCGCAGAGCCACGAACCAGUUCAUAUUGAGUGUAUGAAUAUGAACCUGUGCACGAAGCAAGGUUCGUGCACAUCCCUAGUUGUGGGCACCUUAUUCUGUGCAAAGGGCCACUGCUCAAGUCAAGUCAAUAUUUCAAUCAAAGAUCAAAUACAAAAAAGGGCCACUGCUAGUUUGCAUGUUUUCACCCAAGUAUAUUGUCUUAAUUUGAAACUGUGGUUGGUGGAUGAGAAUACAAUAGUACAUGGAUGUCCUCCUGGAUCUGGUUUAUACAUUCGGCCUGUCUUGGGGCACCAUAUGUAUCUGUAUAGAAUUCCAGAGAGAAAAAACAGGCCAAACUGCCCAACAGGCCAUUUCCUUCUUCCUCUCCAGUUUCUCAAGUAGAAUGAGGCAGAAGAAGGGUGAGCAACUGUGGCUCUCCUUUUCAGUACUGAGGAUGAGAGAAACUUGCAAUUUGCCUGAUACCUUAUGAUUACUGAGCUUUAGAAGCAUGCAGCAAUAUUGUCAGCUACAAACCCACAUUUAAAAAAUUGAAAUGUUCAGGCAGGGUUAUAUUUCAGGAGGCCUUGGCAAACUGCCUGCUACCUGGGUGGACCCCUAGAGAGUCACUUCACCACCACCACAUGAAGACUGGGCACAGAGGUGGUCUCGAAUCAUAGGAACAUAGGAAACUGCCAUAUACUGAGUCAGACCAUUGGUCUAUCUAGCUCAGUAUUGUCUUCACAUACUGGCAGUGUAUGUGUAUGGCAGUGUAACUCCAAGGUUGCAGGCAGGAAUCUCUCUCAGCCUUAUCUUGGAGAAGCCAGGGAGGGAACUUGGAACCUUCUGCUCUUCCCAGAGCAGCCUCAUCCCCUGAGGGGAAUAUCUUGCAGUGCUCACACAUCAAGUUUCCCAUUCAUAUGCAACCAGGGCAGACCCUGCUUAUCUAUGGGGACAAGUCAUGCUUGCUACCACAAGAGGAGGUGGCCCUUCUGAGGCCCUGGGCCCUUGGCAGCUGCACAUCCAUACUGACUUGUGACAUUGUCUCUGUGCUUAGGACCUGAGGGAGAGACUUGGAAACAACAAGAGAGAGGUGUGUGUGUGUGUGUGUGUGUGUGUGUGUGUGUGUGUGUGUGUUAGAGGAACAUUCUAUCCUAAGCUGAGGAUUUAAUUUCUCUCUUAAAAAAGAAAUAUAUUCAGUUUCAUCUCCAAAAACAAGAAAAGCCAUUCACAAAUUUAACAAACUCAUCUGCUUCUCCUUGGCUGUGAUAUACUUACUGUAAGUUUCCUAAGGAGAGUAAGCCCUGGGUUUGGACAGUGCACAAAUGUAUGGGGUGAGGGUGGAGAAUGACUUGUGCUUCCUGUAUGGAAUCUCAUCCAAAACAAGAACUGGUGACUCUUCGCUACAGUGAGGGAUGAGCUCCAGAUGCAUCCACAAGCUUGUGCAGCUUGUUACAGGAGAGCAACAGCCUCCAAAGUAGCACAUCAUUUGCACUUUUUCUUCCCCACCCCAUCCCUCUUCUGUGCAAUUUAUGAAGCCACCCUAACAAUACUGACAUCCAGUCACUCAUGAAUAGUCCUAUUGAAAUUAACAAGACAGGUUCACGAUGACUAAGUUAUCCCAUUAAUUUAAGUGGGACUCUUUGUGAAUGACUUGGUCUGGAUGUCAGCCACUGAGUUUAAUAAUAAUGGUAAUUGGUCAUAGUGUUUGACUUUAAAACUAUAUAUAUUUAGGAGGCUUUUUUAAAAAAAGUUUUGUGUAAAUAGAUGAAAAGGAAGAAUAAUGGAGAUAUAUAAAAUGUGGUGUUAAUGUGAGAAAUGUUAAAAUACUUCAUGGGGGUGGGGGAGGAGUGCCCUGAUUGCUGCCAUUAUGGAAUGUAAAUAUAUUGCAGUGCCUGAAAUACAUUAUGUUGAUUAACUGUUCUGUUUGCAAUGUUGUAAAACCCAAAGAAUAUACUAUUUUGCUAAUUUCUUAAGAGAUUUGUAUUGAUUAAAUAAGGCAACUUAUCAAAUAGAACAGAAAAGAGUAUAAAUUUCACAGAAGAUACAAAGUAAUAUAAAUGUGGAAAUUGUUUUUGCUAGCUGCUAAACUUCUGCCACUCAAGUUUGUAUCUAGUCAAUCUUUAAGCAUCUUUAGGCUACCACUGUAGCACCAGUUCUUCUGAAGAGUUCAAGACUAAUACUACACUGGUGCUUGCAUGCACAGGGGGAUUGCAAUAACCUCCCCUUCCUCUGGAAGCACUAUGCCAUCCAAAAAGAUGUCCCUGAGGGCUGUGCCACACUUGGUAACAUUAUUAUGGGUGGCACAGAGUACCUCCAAGAGAAAUUGUCUAAAUUUGCCCCCCAUCCUCUGCUGCGUGAGCAGUGGAGCUGAGUUUGUUGAACUUGGAAACUCUGAUGCUUCUCUCCUAGCACUGGUACUUCAUUCGUUUGGAUGUCAAACAAUGGGAACGGAAACAAAUGGAAGAAAAAUCCAAUAGUUUAUGCUAAACUGGAGAUAUAGCCAUAAAUCUGGAACUAAACCCUAAUUAUUUGUAUUGGAAGCACCUCCAAACGAGUUUGGAAGCUCUCAAAAAUGAUAGGAAUUCACAGCAUUCCCCACUGACUGUUAUGAAUGAGAGAGUUCCUGUAAGAAAUCAUUCUUCAGAUGCUUACAUUUUGAAGACAGAAAGGGUCACAGGUCUACCUAUGGUUUUGGCAAACAUUUGGACAUGGGUCCAGAUAAUGCAUGUUUUGUUUAGGGGAAUGCAUUCAUGUGUUGUUAUUCCCCAAUACUGGCCUAACCGAGAGCCUUCAGGGUUCUUUGCAUAUAGAGUUCCCAGCUUGCUUGGGCUUCUUCACAUUGUAGGCAGCUCCAUGCUUGCAGUGGGCAUAUGCACACCAGUCUCCAUGCUGAGUGAACUGGGAAGCCCUUGAACAUCCAUGUAUGCCAUAUGCGUGUUAGAGCCCUAUAUAUACUCUGAAAUUGGGCAUAUUGCUUGCUUGCAGCUUGAGAAAUGGGCACAUAGACUUGGAUCUUUAAAAAAACAUGAGAAGCAGCUUUUGUUCUUCAGUUUACUGGAAGUAAUUCAGAGACAUACCCAACUAUUCUGAGAAAUACUUUCAUAGGAAAUUGGACUGGAAAGAAGUUAAACAGUAGUCUGAUCCAACGACAGAUUAGUGGUGUGAAGAAACAAAAAUGUUUCUACUUGAAAUCUUGUAUACAAAUAGCAUUUACAACUAUAUAGCUUAGUGUUUCCUUUUCUCCCAUAUCCUACCAUUAAACCACCACAGUGAACCUAGCCAGAAUUUGUUUGUGGCUAGAGGAAGGACAUAACAUAAAGGAACAUAUCUGCAUCAACAGUAGCUCUUUAUUAUCGCUUGGGAAGCUUCACUACUGUAUAAAAAGAAAACAAGAUGCCUCUUCCAGAAAAAAAUGAAUACUGUUCUUUAUUCAUACUUGUCUUAAGGUUUAUGUGCUAUUUCUGAUUUUUUUUUGAUUUUUUUUUGGUCCAGUUUAUGUAUUUUAGUGGGAACUUUGGAAGGUCAGGGUAUUUAUCCAUGCCUUACAAGACUGCCUUACAUUCAGAGAAACUUUCAAAGGUGACAUACAUAUAGGGCAGGCCUGCACAACAUAAGGCCUGGGGGCCAGAUCUGGCCCGCAAGAACGUUUUUGCUGGCCCCCAGGAAGGAACAUCCUGUGGCAAUGUUAGGAGCCAUGGAGAGCUCUUGGGUUGCCCUGCUGAUGAGCAGCAAUGGCUCAGUGCAGUUUGCCACUUGAGAAUGUGUUUCACCCUGUCCCUGGUCCAGAGCCCACUAACAUCUGUUUCCCCCUGGCCUUUCCUCUGAACUCCAACUCUCUGCCACCUCACGUUCAUUAAUAUUUUUAAUAAUUGAUGCACUGAAAAUUGAGCUUGGCCCACCCCACACAAAAAAAGUCAUGGUUGGUUCUGGCCCAUGGGAUCACUUCAGUUGUGCUCUCCGGAUAUUUGGAGAGAAAUUAAAAUAACUUAAAGACCACAGUGCAAACUCUAGAGGAAAUAAGGGCAUUCUAAAAAACACUGUUUAAACAUUAAGAGGAGUUUUCAAUAUCUACAAAGUGCUUAACUGUCACUGUAAAAAGUCAGGGGCUUUUUUUUUUUUAAAAAAGGAAAAAUUUCUUCUGGGCAGAUAAAGAUUUAAAGCAAGUUUCUUUGAUCAAAACCUUGCAGUUAUGUUUAACAUCCUGUGAUGUUUAUGGUUGCAGGGUUUCUGGCUAUGCAAUGGCUUUCCUCUUUAUUCCAAAGGACGAUGCCACUCUACAUGCAUGUUCCUUCAUGUAAACCAAUCUGAAGGCCCAUAAUUAGAAAUUUGGUGGUGGUCCUUUAGGGGACUUUGGGGCUGUUUUUUAGAACUGCAUUUUAACAGGCUGCUUUCUCUUUCUUAUAUUAAAUGUUUUGUUUACUUCUAGAAAUAAAAUAAUUGCACAUACUUAAUCUUUUGUUUAGAGAUUGAGUAUGUACAUAAAAAUAGAUUUAUGUGCUAUCCAUCUAAGGUUGCAAUCCUAAGCACACUCACUUAGGGUUUUCUGGAAAAUGUUCUUUGAAUUUUUUCCAGGAAAAUUUUUUCAUGCAACUGUUUCCUUCUUGUGCAUAAAAUUUGAAUAAACAUUCCCCCCCCCCUCAGAAUGUUACUAUGCAAACUCCCUAAAUGCAUUGUGAUCUGAUUUGGUCUGUUGUUUGACCUAUAGUAGUAAAUAAAUAAAAGUACACCAUAUUAACUUUACGUGCUUUGUAAAUAUAAGUCUUUCAAGUAACCAGGUAGUUGAACUGAAAUAUUUGGUGGCGGGAAGAGACACACAAUGUGGUUUUUAAGUGUUAUAUUCCAAACAAAUUCAAAGUACACUUGGAAAUUAUUUAUAUUGGAACACUUGUAAAUAUCUUAUCAUGGAAGCUCAACAGUAUAACAGAUUUAAACAACGAUGCAUAAAUAAAAUUUAAGGCACUGAAAAAAUAUUAAAAUACUGCUUUUCAUUAUGCCCAGUGAUAAGUAACAACAUAUCUGACUUCCAUACAGUAAUAUGGGGUAGAAAAUUUUCAAUGGAAUAAUUUGGAAGUAGAAAGUUUUCUAGAAUUUUUUUCCCAUUUCAGCAAUUGUUCCAUCCCACAUUACUGGUUUGGAGUUAAGUUCCACUGAGCACUUUGAGAUUUACUUUAUGAUUAAAUCAUGCAUAGGAUCAGACUUCAGAUCAAUGUCUCCAAAGUGUUACCCUCAUCCAACUUUGCUUCUGACUCUGGGAAAUUCCUAUGGAACUCAAUGGGGGACUGGCUGAGUCAGGACCGAGGAACUAUCAUUGAAGUUCACUACUUAAAAAAUAAUAAUUUCUGAGUGUUCAACACUUUAAAAUUUGCUUUGCUGUUUCACUGUGUAUAUUGUACAUUAGUCUAUUAAUUACUAUGAAUGUUGUUUGCUGCUGUGCACAUAAAUGGGAAUAGAUCAUUUAGCUUCAGUGUGAGGUGUUGAUUACUAUUCUACUAGAGACAUCAGACUUUUAAAAAAAUUAAUGCAAAUAUAUGGCUAGAAUGUAUGGAAUAAUACUUCCUGGUGCUUUGGGUUUUUCACUUUUACAAGAAAAUGUCAGUAGUUCAAUAUUACUGUAGACUUAGAAGAAAUGCAUACUGCUGCUGUUCACUGUAAAAAAAAUGCUGCUUAGGACAGUAAUGCAUUUGUUCUAUAUUUUUUAAAAUAAAGUUUACAACUGUA